AUGGCGCAGACUAACAGCUAUGGACAGAGCAGCAAUGGAGUAGCGGACGAGUCCCCCAACAUGCUCGUCUACAGAAAAAUGGAGGACAUUAUUGCUCGAAUGCAGGACGAGAAGAACGGCAUUCCCAUUCGCACAGUGAAGAGUUUUCUCUCCAAGAUUCCCAGUGUCUUUUCAGGUUCAGACAUUGUGCAGUGGAUGAUCAAAAACCUAGACAUCGAAGAUCAAGUUGAGGCUCUUCACCUGGGAACUCUGAUGUCUGCACAUGGCUAUUUCUUUCCCAUCUCGGACCAUGUGCUCGCAUUGAAGGAUGAUGGGACAUUUUAUAGAUUUCAGACUCCCUACUUUUGGCCUUCAAACUGCUGGGAACCAGAGAAUACUGAUUAUGCUGUUUACCUCUGUAAGCGGACGAUGCAGAAUAAAGCCCGGUUGGAACUUGCUGACUACGAAGCUGAAAGUUUAGCGCGGCUCCAGAGGGCUUUUGCACGGAAAUGGGAGUUUAUAUUUAUGCAAGCAGAAGCACAAGCUAAAGUGGAUAAGAAACGGGACAAAAUCGAGAGGAAGAUUCUGGACAGUCAGGAGCGGGCAUUCUGGGAUGUGCACAGACCUGUGCCUGGCUGCGUGAAUACAACAGAAGCCGACAUCAAGAAAUCCUCCAGGAUGAAACAGCCUCAUAAAACACGGAAGUCAGUGUAUGGUCUACAGAAUGAUGUCCGCAGUCACAGUCCCACACACACCAGCACACCUGAGGUCAAGGAGCCCACUAAGGAGGAACUACAGGAGCAGAUACAGUAUUGGCAAGUGCAGCUGGACAGACAUCGAUUAAAAAUGUCCAAAGUUGCAGAAAGUUUGUUGAGCUAUACAGAGCAGUAUAUAGAGUACGACCCUUUCAUUACCUCACCUGAGCUCUCAAACCCCUGGAUCUCAGACGACAAUUCUCUCUGGGAACUGGAAGCCAGUAAGGAGCCAGGUCAGCAGAGGGUGAGACGGUGGGGUUUCGGGUUUGAUGAGGUUCUGAAGGAUCCUGUGGGGAGAGAACAGUUCCUGAAGUUUCUGGAGUCUGAAUUCAGCUCAGAGAACCUGUGUUUCUGGCUGGCCGUGCAGGAGCUUAAGAAGCAGCCAAUUCGUGAGGUGCCCAGUCGUGUGCAGGAGAUCUGGGAGGAGUUUCUGGCCCCUGGAGCUCCAAAUGCCAUCAACCUUGAUUCCAAGAGCUACGAUAAGACCAUGCAGAAUGUCAAAGAUCCCGGACGCUACACUUUUGAAGAUGCUCAGGAGCACAUCUAUAAGCUGAUGAAGAGCGACUCAUACAGCCGUUUUAUUCGAUCCAGUGCCUACCAAGAGCUUUUACAGGCCAAGAAGAAGAAAAGCAAGAACUUGUUCUGA